AUGAAGUCAACCACCGCUGUUGACCGUUGCGAGGGCUUUACCCAUGGGGAUCUUGUGCUCCGGUCCGUGGAUGGAGACGAGUUCCAUGUUCAUUCAGCUGUCCUUUCUGUUGCUUCCCCCGUCUUCAAGGAUAUGUUCACGGCUUGUUCGCCCCAAUCAGGGCAGCUCAUUAUGAUGGCAGAGACAUCAGAGAUGCUUCGUAUCAUGCUUGGAUUCAUUUAUCCGAAACGUUCUCCCGUGAUUUGCUCCUUCGAAACUCUUGAAAAAGCCUUUCAUGUUGCGGACAAGUACCAACUCGAUGAUAUGCAUCACCAACUCAGACAAAGCCUAUCUCUCGCUGACUCUCCAGUUUCGGUUUUCCGCGAUCCUUUGGGAGCCCUCCGCAUCGCUUCGUCUCUUGGAUUCCAAGACGAAGUUAACCUUGCCAUCUCUGUCUCACAAAAUCAAUAUCAGCUCAACACUAUAGAUUGCUUGUUAGAAGUAGCAGAGAGAACACCUGAUUCGAUUCCCUGGAUUAAGCUUCUUGCUAUCCCUCUUAUCCGAAACGAGAUAAUAUCGGACGUCUUGCUCAAUUUUUAUGAGGCGCCGAUGAGGCUUGCUGGUUCAUCGUUCACUAGAGCUCUAUGCGAGUCUUGUUCCGAGUCUCAUCAUUAUGGUGCACACAAUAGUCCACCUGAAUGGCAGGCCAGAUGGGCCCGUGGAGUAACGGAGGAGCUGAAGAAGAAACCGGCGAACGAGUGGGAGCGCUACUUUGGAACAGAAUACCUUCUUGAGGCUGUUUCUCGGUACGACAUGCCAAUUCGUACCCCGCGCGGCGAUUGCACUUGUGUGGAAAAGGUUAAAUUUUAUGAAUACGAGUUCCUUGGGUGGUCGUCUCAUGUGCUCCGCUCACUUCAAUCCCGCUUGGAGUGCCUAAAGAAGCUCGAAGCGCUAAGCUAA